GGAGGAUGUAGGAAUGCCACUGGUUGCAGUGGCCGUGGACAAGGACAAAGGCAGCCAGAAUGCAUUAAAAUGGGCAUUGGAGAACCUAGUUCAAAAGGGCCAGACCAUUACUCUCGUCCAUGUCCGGACUACAAAGAGCCAAAGCCCUGAAGAGCUUGCAGGUGGCUACAAGACUCCAACAGAUCAACAAAGUAAAGAGAUCUUCCUUCCCUUCCGUUGCUAUUGUACACGCAAAGAUGUAAAUUGCAAAGAUGUGUUGCUUGAGGACAUUGAUAUUCCAAAGGCCAUUGUUGAGUUCGCUGCUCAUGCUGCACUGGAGAAACUAGUGGUUGGUGCUCCAUCAAAGAGUGGUUUUGUGAGGAACAUCCUUCUUAUCAGAAGAUUCAAGAGUUCAGACAAAGCAAGCAGCAUAUGUAAAGGGGCACCAGACUUUUGCAGCGUGUAUGUGAUAGCAAAAGGGAAGGUGUCCUCUGAGAGGCACGCCAUCAGGGCAGCACCAACCAUUUCCCCUCUCCGAACUGAAAUACAAAGCCAGCCAAGUUCCAUUCAGAGACCAGACUUCACGGAUGUCAUCAAUGUCCGCCCUCCAAGAGAUGCUGCUUUAUUCCCAGGUGUUGCUGAUAUUCAUAGCUUGCGUGAUGAAUCAAUCAGAUCACCAUUUACAAGGGGAAGUUAUAAAACAAGUUCUAGAUCAAUGGCAGACUCAUCGUUCACAUCAGAGAGCGAUAUAUCAUUUGUGAGCUCCGGAAGGCCUAGUGUUGAUAGAGGAUUUACGCCAAGGAUGUCAGUUGGAUCAGAUCGGAGUAGUAUAGACAUAAUGAGGACGCCACACAGGUGGAUGGAUUCCUACUCAAGUGGCAGUGAAUUCUCUUCAAUCACUCAGGACACCACUGGAACAUCCUGGUCAUCUCAUGCUGUGGAUGAUGUGGAGGCCGAGAUGAGGCGGCUGAGAUUAGAAUUGAAGCAUACCAUGGAUAUGUAUAGCUCUGCCUGCAAAGAGGCACUCACAGCAAAGCAGCAGGCAAUGGAGCUCAAUAAAUGGAAGAUGGCUGAAGAGCAGAAAGCUAAGCAACACGGAACAACGAAGAAACGAGCCAAGGCUCUUGCAGAGAGAGAGCAGGCCAAGAGCAAAGCAGCUCUCGAGGCAGCUGAAGCCUCACAAAGGAUAGCAGAGCUGGAAGCUCAGAAAAGAAUGAAUGCCGAGAUGAAGGUACUCCAAGAAUCACAACAGAGAAAGAGUUCAUUGGCGGAUUCAUCGUCUUAUUCAGAUGUGCGGUACCGAAAAUACACAAUAGAGGAGAUUGAAACAGCUACAGAAUUCUUCGCGGGGAAGAGGAAAAUUGGUGAAGGUGGCUAUGGCCCUGUGUUCAGAUGUUAUCUAGAUCACACACAAGUUGCCAUCAAAGUCUUGAGACCAGAUGCUGCUCAGGGAAAAACACAGUUUCAGCAAGAGGUUGAGAUAUUGAGCUGCAUAAGGCAUCCAAACAUGGUUCUCCUUCUUGGAGCAUGCCCAGAAUACGGCUGUCUGGUAUAUGAGUACAUGGCUAAUGGGAGCUUAGAGGACCGUUUGUUCAGGCGUGGAAACACACCUCCAAUCCCAUGGCAGGACAGGUUUAGGAUUGCCUGCGAGAUCGGUGCUGCUCUCUUAUUCCUACACCAAACAAAACCAGAACCAUUAGUUCACCGUGAUCUUAAACCAGCAAACAUUCUUCUGGACAGAAACUACGUGAGCAAGAUCAGUGAUGUAGGUCUUGCACGUCUCGUCCCUCCAUCAGUAGCAAACAAUGUGACACAGUAUCUGAUGACAUCAGCGGCGGGAACAUUCUGCUACAUUGAUCCGGAGUAUCAGCAGACUGGAAUGCUUGGUGUUAAGUCAGACAUAUACUCACUGGGGAUCAUAUUGCUGCAGUUGCUGACUGCAAGGCCUCCAAUGGGGUUGACACACCAUGUGGAGCGUGCAAUCGAGAAGGGCACAUUUGAAGAGAUGCUUGAUCAGGUAGUGCCGGACUGGCCGGUGGAGGAGGCUAAGACCUUAGCAAAUAUUGCAAUCAAGUGCGCAGAGCUGCGGCGAAAGGACCGGCCUGAUCUCAGUACUGUUGUGCUGCCUGAGCUUGAGAGGCUCAGGGACUUCGCAGAUGAGUGCUUGCCUCUAAGUUGUGCAUUCAGGGGAAGCAGCAGUCAGAGCACACCCAUACACAGCAGCUCUGUACAGCAGAUGGUAAGGAGUGAUCCUCUACUUGGCGAAGAUGGAUAUGAAAACUCCAUAAGCAAACCAUCCAUACCUGUAAGAAGAUCAAAUGUGAGCUAAAGAGAUGAAAGAAGAGUGGAUCAGCACACUUGCUCAUUCAUGUCCAAGUUCUACAGGAAUUUUCAUUAUUCAGAUCAAAUUAACUGCAGCACAUGAAGAGUGAGCACCUAAUAUAAAUGUUGAGAAUUAAUACCUGUACCAUUAUUAUAACUGCGGAACGAUGAGAGUUGAUGUUUUAAAUCCUCAAAUCAGUUCAUAGAUAAGGAGUAAAUAUGACUUCUUUCUCAUCUUCAAUAUGUAAGGAUUCUUGCUCCUUGCAAUAGCAUGAAGUGCAUUGCAUGUAAUAACUCCUGACUAUUCUUUGCUUUGUGAGCUAAGGAACAAAAUGAAUCAAAUAAAUCAAGGCUGUUAUACAAACUACAUAUUAAGAUAAUGCUUUAGCUAUUUUCUUCUAGACUUGAAUAUUGAUUUUUGGACUUGGUUGUGUGAUCACUAUAGACAUUUUUCUAGUAAUCUGAAUAAAAAAAAAUCCGAUUUCCGUCACUUCAACUAUAGCUAGUGUCAACCAAACAAUCUUUCAUUAACAAAAUUAGAUUGGUUGGAGUCUU